GAGAGAGAAGAAAAAAAAAGUCAAAUUUAAGCCUGAGCUGCUUCCCUGAAGUCAUUUUUUGAGAGACAGCGUCACACAUCUCGCCUCGAGGCAGUGAGUGAUAAAAACACUGGAAGCAUGAGAAGAAUACAGUUAAAAAUGCUGAAACUUUUACUUUUACUGACCAUCACAGAGAUCUGUGCUGCUCAGAUUGAGAUCACUCUGUCAGUGUUUACGGUCACGUCUAAGAGUAUAACAGUUCAGUGGAUCGAAUACGAUGACGCCAGCUCCUACAAGAUCACAGCAACACCCAAGAACUCCCCAGAACCAUCCGUCUUUGCUCAGUUCAGCGGCAACACCGUGAUGGGCUCAGUCAUAUCCCUAUCACCAAACACAGUGUACACCAUUCGGCUAGAGGCCAUGGACAAUGCUCUCAAUGUCCUCAGCUCUGCAGAGACAGAGGAUAUAACAGCGCCUGACGUCCCCACCAUUGAACAGGCCUACUCCAAACACAGCGACAGCAUCACUGUGGAGUUCACAGAGGUUUCCGGGGCAACCAGUUACAUCCUGAGGGCACAGUCGAUGGACGGCGAUUUCUUCUCCGAGACAUCGGUGAGCAGCUCCCCCGGCACCGUGAUGGAGCUCCAGCCCUACACGGACUACAGGCUGAACGUCAUGUCCGUCAACUCUGGGGGGAGGAGCCAGCCCUCGUACCCCAUCGAGGCCAAGACAGUGGUAAUGGCGCCCAAGUUCAACACCAGCUCUCCUGACAACAGCAGCAUCAUUGUGAAUUGGGACGCGGUGGAGAACGCCGUCGUCUACACGCUCUGCAUCAUCAAUAUGGACUCCAACUCCCGCGUCAAACUGAACACCACUGACACCAUGGUGACCUUUGACGACCUUGAAGCGGGGACCAACUACUGCAUCAAGAACACGGCCUGGGACUCUGAGGGUCGAGCUGGAGACGACUACACCGACUGCCAGGUCACACGUCCUCCAAGCCCAGAUGUGAUCCUAAUCUCGAUGGCUCCGGGUCGGGCUCUUUCGAUGGCUGUGUACUUUGGGUUGGUGCAGGGAGCUGAGAAAUACAUGGCCUAUACCACUGAUGGCCAAAACUGUACUUCAACAACUAACGGCUACUGUCAUAUUAAAACUGUGGAGUGUGGCCAGAACAGCUCUGUCUAUGUCAUAGCCUUUAACAAAGCUGGGCCCAGCAACCCCUCGCAACCAGCAAACUACAUUACAUAUCCUUGUCUCCCAGACAACAUCUGGGUGGAGGAGCCCGAAGCAGGCAACUGCUCGGUGGUGUGGGAUGAAGUAGAAAUGGUGGAUUACUACAUGACUUUCAUAAAGAGGGACGACGGGAUGGAGAAGUCAUGUAACACCACUGAAACCAAAUGCCCAUUUUCCUGCAUGUGUGGCUACACCUACCUCACCACCGUCUUCCCGUACAACCAGGCCGGCUCAAGCCCUGUCGCAAACGUCCGCAACUACACCACUAUUCCUUGCUGCCCACAGAAUGUCACCGUAGAGCUCGUUUCUACAGAGACCCUGGAGGUCAUGUGGUCGCCGGUCAAAGGGGCCGAACUGUACAAGACGACAGCGGCACAGACCAACGAUGUCAUCCACUGUAACGACACGGCGCCAGUGUGUGCGCUGUCAGAUUUGAAAUGCAACACAGCUUAUUCUGUGACCGUCACACCUUGCAGCGAGUUACGAGGAUGCAACCUCACCUGCGCAUCCCACACACAUGAGACAGCUCCGUGCGCUCCAGAGAUCCUGAAUAUGACUAAGACCAACAACUCCACAUACAAAGUCCUCUUCACUACCCCCAACUCUCCCAACACAAAUUAUACCAUCACAGCCAUCGGACGCUAUGACUCAAGAUCCUGUCAUUCAACAACCAACUCCUGUGAGCUCACACAGCUGCCCUGUGGUUCAACCUAUGAGGUCAUGGCGGUGGCCACCACAGCUGUGGGGAGAAGUCUACUUGGAUUCAGUAAAACUCUGGAAACAGGUCCGUGCUGCCCCGUGUCUGUGAAUGUGACCCAGGUCACCCAGGCUAUGACUAACGUGACCUGGUCACCUGGCAGAGGAGCUCGCUCCUACAUCACCUCCCUGACGUCCUCCCGUGGACACGCCAAGUGCCACACCUCGGACACCCACUGCGUGAUGGGAUGCAUCACUUGUGGCACCAACUACAGUGUCAGCCUGGAGGCCAUCAGCAGCACAGGACACAAGUCAGAGUGCGCAUAUCAUGGAUUCUCAUCCAGUGCCUGCUGUCCAACAAGCAUCAAGCUCUAUCGCAGGGCCAACUACACCCUCAGGGUGUACUGGCGCUCUCCAGGCCCUCAGAUGCACAAGCAUGAAGUAGUGCUGAACGGGACGGCAGCCAACUACACCUGUAUCGCAGCCGCCGGCAACAAAUACUGUGACAUCCAGGAGGAGAUGUGUGGGGACGUCUACACAGUAGUGGUGGCACCAGUGAUACAGAAUGGGAUCAAAGUUAGCUUCUGUCAACCCAGGAGAUACUCGGUUCUCUGCCCGGGAAGUAAUGCUGGUAUGGUGAUCUCUCGCGGAAGACGAAGUGUGGAUUAAUUGCGUGAACGCCCACGGCCAACAUUAACAGAAGAUUGUGUUUACGCCAACGACAACUGCAAAGAUCCAAUGUACCCAAAAGAAAUAUCAGUUUUAUUUAGGAAUAUCUCUGUUUUGUUGUUAUCAAAGUUGUUUAGAGUCUGACAAACUGUUUCCGCUGAAUAAAUCUGAAUAGUAUGGCUGCAACGAUUAUUUUCAUUGUCGAUUAAUCUGUCGAUUGUUUUAUAGAUUAAUCAAUUAGUUGUUUGGUCUAUAAAAUGUCAGAAAAUGGUUAAAAAUGUCAAGAUGACGUCCUCAAAUGUCUUGUUUUGUCCACAAUUCAAAGAUAUUCAGUUAACUGUCAUAGAGGAGUAAAAUAAAACAGAAAAUAUUGACAUUAAGAAGCUGAAUCAGAGAAGUUUUAAAUUUUUUUUUCUUAAAAAAAUUACUUAAACUGAUUAAUCGUUUAUCAAAAUAGUUGGCUUUUAAUUUAAUAGUUGAUAACUAAUUGAUUAAUCGUUGCAGCUCUAUUGAAUAACAAAAGUUAAAACACUGAAUUAAAACAAAAAAAUAUAUAAAAGAUGUCUUUUUAAUAAACAAGUGUGGGCAUAUUCUCCAUAUUGCCACUUGCUUUUUCUGCUAUACCUCAUGUUUAAUCAAUGCAGUUGUGACUUUCAUAAUGACUUGAUGUAACCUCAACAUGUAAUGACGUUUAGUAAAAAUGAAAAAGAAGCAGAAAUAGCAACUUUACAGUGAACCUCCCACAUGAAUGUAUCAUGGCAACAGUCAUUCAGAGACAAAAUCUAUUUAAAGUAGGACUUAUCCAAGUAGAAGACCUCCACACGGCGGCCGUAUGACGUGCCUCUGGUUGGUGACCCAAAAGAGGGUCAGUUGAAAGUGGAGCAGCAGGUAUCCAUCUCGCUAGCCUGGAGAAAUGCAUGGCAGGUCCUGUGGAUGAUAUGUCUGAUCAGAUUGCUGGAGAUAGAUUCAGUGUUACCUCUGCUCUCAUUGGAUUUGUUUCCUCUCUGUUGACAGACGACAACAAUAAAGCACAUCCCUACAACAAUA